AUUGCAAUGCAAGUCACACAAACACAAAGUGCCUGCUCCUAGUCCUAGAUUAGGCUCGAUCAAUCCUCGCCUCUUCUCUGCAGUUGCAGGUCUAUAUAAACCUCGUUUCAUAUCACUUCAUCUUCAUUUCAGGUCUCCUCCUCAACUCAAGAGAUCUGAGCCGAGAGAUGGCUCUUCUUCCUCCUCUGCUUCUGUCCUGCAUCUUGGUGCUGGCUCUCCCAGGGCCGGCGGUGGUGAUGGUAGGGGGCGUCACGUUCCACGUAACCAACAAGUGCCCGUUCCCGGUGUGGCCGGCGGUCGCGCCCAACGCCGGCCACCCCGUACUCGCCGCAGGCGGCUUCUUCCUUCCUCCGGGGCAGUCGAAGCGCGUCGGGGCUCCGGCCACCUGGAACGGCCGCUUCUGGGGCCGCACCGGCUGCACCUUCGCGGGCAACGCCGCCCGCUGCCUCACCGGCGACUGCGAUGGCCGCCUCGCCUGCAACGGGUCCGUCGGCACCCCUCCCGCCACCCUCGUCGAGGUGAGCCUGCACGAGGACCAGAGCAAGGGGAGCUCCUACGACGUGAGCGUGGUGGACGGGUACAACCUCCCGGUGGCCGUGUGGACCAGGCCGGCGAACCGCAGCGGCGACUGCUUCAUCGCCGGGUGCGCCAAGAACGUGAACGCGGUGUGCCCGCCGGAGCUGCAGGUCACGAGCGGCGCGGGCAAGAAGGUGGUGGCGUGCAGGAGCGCGUGCCUGGCCUUCGGGCUGGACGCCUUCUGCUGCCGCGGCGCGUACGGCACCGCGGAGACGUGCCGGGGCAGCGUCUACUCGCGGAUCUUCAGGGACGCCUGCCCGGCCUACUACAGCUACGCCUACGACGUGGCCGCCGCCACGGCACGCUGCUACGCGCAGGAGUACGUGGUCACCUUCUGCCCGUCCAGAUGGGGCGAUCGUGUGGCCCAGAUUUGAGCAGUGGGCAGCCCAGGACCGUGCUGCGUAUGUAUUUAUAUAUAUUUUAGACUCCGUAUAUGUAUUUAUACCGACGGUGUGUAAUAUUUUGUGUUGACAUAAUACAUGUACCCGGCGAUACGCAUUCAGUGGGA